AUGACCGUGGCAGACAUUUUCUCUGGAGAAAGACGUCGAUCUAUUCACAUUGACUAUCUUGGUGUACAACGCCAGCGCCCUGCUAAAUGGAAGCUCACAAUCCCCCGAGUUGGACAUCGCCUUACCAUAGGGAAGGUUCUGCACGAGCCAGUCUUUUACCGCACUCUGCCUACGUACUCGGAUCCCACUGCAUCCUGCGAUAGGGUCACUGCAUGGAAAGAAAAUGAUCUCAACCACGAGACUCUACAGAGGGUUUCGACCACAUGCGUGGUGGAGCGGUCAACUAGGUUGAUUCCGUUGACAGUCCAGACAAGGGAUCCAUGGGCUAUAGAAUCGCCUAAAGAAGAUCUCGCUACGCUACAACGCGGCACCCAAGGUCACACCUCUCGAUCGUUGCUGCGCCGCUACGCUCUUCAUCAUGAUAAUAUCGGUAUUCUUCAGAUACAAUUCCCGUUGCCCUUCUCCCAACAUCUACGCCAAUUUCGACG